AUGCCGGAAGCCCUGGCCGCGCUGGCGCUGGCAAAGAUGUCCCCGGCCGCAGCAGCCAUGUUUCCCGGUACCGGCGACGAGGUGCGUCAUGUCAUGGAUCAAGAGUUCCACAUCUUCCCGGAGCAAAGACAAGAGCUCUUUGAUCAGGCCAAGGAAACGAUCAUCGCAGCUCGCUCCGCGAUGUUUGCACCGGAUGCCGCCGCUGCCUCUGCGGCCCCCUCGGCCUCGAUGCCGGCGCCAGAAGUCGCGCAGCAAGGAGUGUCGGCGUCGGUCGUGGCUGCUUGGACGGCUUUCAUGGAGUUCACCAACUCGUACUUUAAUUGCGGUAACGACAAGCACUUCCGCUCGUCCAGCCAGCCUUCGUGA